UCGAGCCUUGUUUACAGCGUUGAGCCUACGGAGCAGACGAGGGUGGCCACAACCACACUGCAGACUGAAAUAUGAUUUUAGCCAGAAGAUAGUCUUAAAUCAACCAAUGAUAUCAGAUAAUGUACUUCGAGUAGACGGAUACAUUGAAUUAUUAUGUUCUCAUGUGACAAAAGUGGAUUCAGUUUGAAAUUGUGGUCUGACUUAAUGAGCGUGUGAAGACGGAGGAGGGUGGGAGGCAGAUAACGGUGCAGUUGUUGAAACCAUUUUUGUCCUGGCGGAUAUUUCGGAUCAAACGUCGUGUCCUACACUCUGGGAGGGUGUUUGCGUUUUUCUUCCUUUCACGUGCGAGGAAAGCAUAUGGUCAUCAUAUAUGAAUCUGAUAGUUUUUGACCAUCAAGGACUGUUAAAAUUUCAGUUUAGCUUGUGAGGAGCCUUAACGAGCAAAUUGCCAUUUGUUUUUAAGAAAUGGAGUCUGAAGAUGCGGAAUACCAAGGGGUAGACAUUUCUACCGCAUGUUUUUUUACAUCUCUUACAUCAAUUGGUGGUUCUCAAGAAUGAUCAGAUAGGCUACUGAUGUAUUAUUAUGAUCAUCAUAUACUAUCUGCCGAAGAAGACAAAUCUCCAAUUUUCUGCUGGAUUGAGUUCACCCUGCAGCGGACUCAAAGAAAUUCCAUAGCACAUGAGAAACAUUCGUCUUCUAGGUUGCCUGCGUGUUGCCAGUCUCUUUCUGGGAUUUUCAUCUUCCCAUUGCUACUAGCCAGCCACAAGUUAAUUUGUGGCACCAACACGACAUUGGGCAAGGUUUUUUCCCCCCCCCAAGAAAUUUACUUUAAAUCAGUGAACAUACGUUCGUGGACCGUUGCGAAUGUCCAGAAGUGUCUGUCUUUGGCACUGUUAAUUAAUCGGGUUAUACAUUAACCUUUUUAAUUUAUCAGGCCGGGAAGGAUUUAUUUUACAGGAAUGAGGUCUUGUACAGAAAAGGACCAUUUGACCUUGUUUUGUGGUCUGUUGUGCGUCUCUACGAUCUGCGUUUGGCCCGCGAAUGGAGAAAUCUGUGGUCCCAGCAUCGACAUUGGCAAUGACAUCAGAGAAUUUAGUCGGUUGGAGAACUGCACGGUGGUUGAGGGCUACCUGCAGAUCCUCCUCAUUGGUGACAAGAACAAUAAUGCCAACCAGGAUGUCUUCCGAACCCUCAGCUUUCCCAAGCUCACAAUGAUCACCGACUACCUGCUCCUGUUCAGGGUGUCCGGCCUGGACAGCCUUAGCACGCUCUUCCCCAACCUCACCGUCAUCCGAGGACGCAACCUCUUCUACAACUAUGCCCUGGUGAUCUUCGAGAUGACCAGCCUGAAGGACAUCGGCCUGUACAACCUGAGGAACAUCACCAGAGGUUCCAUCCGGAUUGAGAAAAACCCGGAGCUCUGCUAUCUGGACUCGGUGGACUGGUCGCUUAUCAUGGACGCUGAAUUUAACAACUACAUUGAUGGGAAUAAGCAGUCCAAAGAAUGUGGGGAUGUGUGUCCUGGAAUCAAUGAGGACAAGCCCCUUUGCAAGCAGACCAACUUCCAUAACUACAGCUACCGUUGCUGGACGUCCAACCACUGCCAGAAAGUUUGCCCGGACAGCUGUGAGCGGCGGGCGUGCACGGCGGAGGGGGAGUGCUGCCACGCUCAGUGCCUGGGCAGCUGCACGGCGCCCAACAGCGACACUUCCUGCGCCGCCUGCCUCCACUACUUCCACGAGGAGCGCUGCGUGCCCGACUGCCCCGCCGGCACCUACAAGUUCGAAGGCUGGCGCUGCAUCACCAUGGAUCUGUGCUCCCGCGUGCACGUGCCCGACUUUGACCGCUUCGUCAUCCACGAGGGAGAGUGCAUGCCUGACUGUCCCUCUGGCUACACCCGCAACGAAGACUCCCCCGACAGUAUGUUCUGUUCAGCCUGCAACGGCCUGUGUGACAAGAUCUGCGAAGAGAAGGUCAUCGACUCCGUAGAUGCCGCCCAGUCGCUCAAGGGCUGCACGGUCAUCAAGGGCAACCUGCACAUCAACAUCCGCAGAGGACAGAACCUAGCCAAGGAGCUGGAGAGCUUCAUGGGCCUGAUCCAGACGGUGACGGGCUACGUGAGGAUCAGACAUUCUCACACCCUGGUGUCCCUCUCCUUCCUUAAGAGCCUGCAGCACAUCCGAGGGGAGGAGCUGUCAGAAGGGUAUGCCUUCACUGCGCUGGACAACCAGAACCUGCAGUACACGUGGGACUGGGGACAGCACAACUUGACCAUCCACAGAGGCAAACUCUUCUUCCGUUUCAACCCCAAACUUUGCCUUUCCGAGAUCCGCAAGAUGUGGCAGAAGACAGGCGUCACCGAGAAAUACGUCGAGUCGGAUAUCCGCAACAACGGAGACCGAGCCAGCUGUGAAAGUCAAAUCCUGAGGUUCAAGUCCAACAGCACCAUGAGUAACAGAAUCAAGCUAACAUGGGUUCGCUACAGGCCUCCUGACUACAGAGAUCUCAUCAGCUUCAUAGUCUACUACAAAGAGGCUCCGUUCCAGAACAUCACCGAGUUUGACGGCCAGGACGGCUGUGGCUCCAACAGCUGGAACAUGGUGGACGUGGACCUGCCCCCGGAUAAGGAUUCUGACCCCGGGGUCCUCCUGUCGCCCCUCAAGCCGUGGACCCAGUACGCCAUCUUUGUCAAGGCCAUCACGCUGGUGGUGGAGGACAAGCACAUCCUGGGGGCCAAGAGCGAGGUGGUCUACAUCCGCACCAACCCCUCAGCCCCCUCCCUGCCCCUGGACGUGCGUGCCUACUCCAACUCCUCCACCCACCUGGUUGUGCGCUGGUCUCCUCCCAUCUCCCCUAAUGGCAACCACACCUACUACCUGGUACGCUGGCAGCAACAGGCGGAGGAUAGGGAGCUCUACCAGCACAACUACUGCUCCAAGGAGCUGAAGAUCCCCAUCAGGAUAGCAGCCACUGGAGUGACUGAGGUAGAGGAGGACAUCAAGUCUACAUACCCAGACAUGGCCGGGGGGGAGAAGGGCCCAUGCUGCCCCUGUCCCAAGUCUGUCGGAGACCUGGAGGCCGAGGCCGCAGAUGCCUCCUACCGCAAAGUCUUCGAGAACUUCCUACACAACUCCAUCUUCACACCGAGACCCCCGGACCGGCGCCGGCGAGAUCUGUUUAGCAUUGCCAACGCCACCUUCUCCCAGGUCGCCACGAGCCCCAGGUUCAACGCCACGGACGAAGAGCUGGCGGAGCGCGAGUACGACUUCCAGGAGCGUGCGGUGAAGGAGCGCGAGCUGCAGAUCCCAGGGCUGCAGCCGUUCACCGUGUACCGCAUCGACAUACACGCCUGCAACAAGCAGGUCAAAGGCUGCAGCGCUGCAGAGUUUGUCUUCUCCAGGACGAAGCCUGCAGAGAGGGCAGAUGACAUCCCGGGGCCGGUGAGCUGGGAAGGACAGGAGGAUUCGGUGUUCCUGCGCUGGCUUGAACCGCUCCGACCCAACGGCCUCAUCCUCAUGUAUGAGAUCAAGUACAAACUCUCCACUGAUCUGGAGAAGCAUGACUGUUUGUCACGCCAGCUGUACCGGGAGCAGAAAGGAGCACGACUCAGUAACCUGGGUCCAGGGAACUACUCUGCCCGCGUGCGUGCCACCUCCCUGUCAGGCAACGGCUCCUGGACCGAACCAGUGGCCUUCUACGUGACCCAACAUGAACGGUACGAGUCUUACCUCUACAUUGUGAUCUUCGUGCCGCUGGCGGUGGUCCUGGCCAUCUGCUUGCUCAUCACCACCUACUUUGUUGUGAGCAAGAAAAGGAACAGUGACAGACUCGGGAACGGAGUGCUCUACGCCUCGGUCAACCCAGAAUACUUCAGCGCUGCAGAGAUGUAUGUCCCAGACGAGUGGGAGGUGGCCAGGGAGAAGAUCACCAUGAACAGGGAGCUGGGCCAGGGCUCCUUUGGCAUGGUGUAUGAGGGCAUGGCCAAGGGCGUGGUCAAGGACGAGCCGGAGACUCGCGUAGCCAUCAAGACGGUCAACGAGUCGGCCAGCAUGAGGGAGCGCAUCGAGUUCCUCAACGAGGCGUCCGUCAUGAAAGAGUUCAACUGCCACCACGUGGUGCGCUUGUUGGGCGUGGUGUCGCAAGGCCAGCCCACUCUGGUGAUCAUGGAGCUGAUGACCCGGGGAGAUCUGAAGAGCCACCUGCGCUCCCUCAGAUCCAAAGAGCAAACCUCGUCCGCCCUGUGCCUGCCCCCCCUGAAGAAGAUGAUUCAGAUGGCGGGUGAGAUAGCGGACGGCAUGUCCUACCUCAACGCCAACAAGUUCGUCCACAGAGACCUGGCGGCCAGGAACUGCAUGGUGGCUGAGGACUUCACCGUCAAAAUAGGAGACUUUGGCAUGACGAGGGACAUAUACGAGACAGACUACUACCGUAAAGGAGGCAAGGGCCUGCUGCCAGUACGCUGGAUGUCCCCAGAGUCCCUUAAAGAUGGCGUCUUCACCACCAACUCAGACGUCUGGUAACUGUCCCCUCCCACGCACACACACACACACACACACGCACACACGCGCGCACAAUAACUUCUUCUGGGGGAUCUAUUACUUUGGGAAGAACUGCAGCUUAUUUCUCCAUUUACCCAUACAGUAGAGAUAAUCUUUGCCUAGCAACAAAAGACCUUAACAUAAGAUCACAGUGUCCUCUUUAGUCAGACAAUGCUAGAGGACUACAGUUAGGAAGACCCGUUGAACUCAGUGAAUUCUACCUACUUAGAGGCCACAUUUUUGGUUUGGAUAUUCAAAGAGAAUGGCUAAAAAGGUCCUGGCCCAGCUUCUGUGUGUUUAAGUCCAGCCUGGUGAAUAUUUAAGUUGUAUAUUUCCCUCGUGUUUUUGUUUUAUCUCGACCCGCAUGCACACACUCUUUUCCCCUCUCUCUCUGUCUCCUCGCUCCCCCUCUCUUUUUGAGGAUUGCUCCAGGAUGUGGACAUCCACUUCAGUAACAGCUGCAGUCGAUACACACACCGCAUUCCUCCUCUUCCCUUUCCCCUGCUCCAUAUCUUGAGUCAAUUUGUAGAUUCCAUGUAGCGAUAAGAGGCCAGUCUGGCUCUCAAAGGGUAAGAUGGGGGGGGAGGGGUGGUGUGUGUGAUAUUUUCACUGGCUUUAAGACCAAGGGCCUCAGUUAAACACACCUCUUAAUUCUGUUUCUUGAAUUAGGAAGAGGGAGAGCGAGAG